AUGGAUAUGGAAACUGUGAAUAUCGAGAGGUACCUCCGGGACUACCGAUUUUAUUCAGGAAGAUCUCUUUCCGGACAUACACAUCAUUUUGCCCCUCCGAGAUUUCUCCAGAGAUCAGAAGCCGACAGCAUCAUUCUAACGAAGUAUCCGCUUCAUUGUUCUCUUGAUUGGUGGGGUAUAUUUGUGAUAUUAGCACGGACAAUUGAGACAGCGAAGGAAUUUAUCGUAGUUUCCACUUGCUCCCGUGGUGGAAGCCUCACGGAUCAACCCUCGCCAGGGGUAUCUGCGUCUUUUAGGGAUUCUAGCCAGAAACCCACCUAUUUCUAA